GUCCGCCAGGGGGCAUGAUCAACACUAGUGAUGUAAGGUGUAGAAGAAGAAAAGCGAGACAAAACAUGGGAGCAUCAUGGCCGUCACCUUACAGCACGCUGAGUUUCCUCCAGCCUCACAAAUUGACGAAGAAACCCCUCCAACAGACAGCAGAGAACCAGGCAGUUCAAAUUUCGAAGCGGAGGGUUUGGAUUCUGAUGAAGACGUAGGCGAUGAGUCUGAACCAAAGAUUCUGGACACCCCCCAGGACAUCCGGCUGGAGGCGAUAGCCAACACGGUGGCCGUCCACCCGGGCAGAGACAUGCUGGUGUGCGGGGAUGUGGAUGGUGACUUAUACGCCUUUUCCUACUCGUGCACGGAGGGGCGAAACAGGGAGCUGUGGUCUUCCGGGCACCACCUAAAGUCCUGCCGACAGGUGCGCUUCUCCGAGGACGGCCUGAAGCUCGUCAGCGUCUCCAGAGAUAAAGCUGUCCACAUGCUGGACGUGGAGCGAGGUCAGUUGGUCACGAGGAUCCGUGGCGCGCACGGAGUCGCCAUCAAUAGUCUGCUGCUGGUGGACAACAACAUCCUGGCCACUGGAGACGAUGGAGGAACCUUGAAGGUAUGGGACAUGCGGCAAGGCUCGGCCGUCAUGGAUUUGAAACAUCACGAUGACUACAUCGCCGAUAUCGCCGUGGACCCGGCCAAGAGAAUCCUGCUCACUGCAAGUGGCGACUGCACCAUGGGUGUCUUCAACAUCAAGAGGCGGCGCUUCGAGUUGCUGUCUGAGAACCAGAGCGGCGAUCUGACCUCUGUGGUGCUGAUGAAGCGAGGAAAGAAGGUGGUUUGUGGGUCCAGCGAAGGCACCAUCUACAUCUUCAACUGGAACGGCUUCGGCGCCACCAGCGAUCGCUUCACUGUCAAGGCAGAGUCAGUAGACUGCAUCGUCCCUGUCACUGACAGCAUCAUGUGCGCCGCCUCCAUGGACGGCUACAUCCGAGCAAUCAACCUCCUCCCCAACCGGGUCAUCGGCUGCAUUGGGCAGCACGUGGGGGAACCCAUCGAAGAGCUCGCCACCAGCUGGGACAAACGCUUUCUGCUCAGCUGCGCCCACGACCAGCUCAUCAAGUUUUGGGACAUUUCCACUUUGGCCACGACCACCGUCAACGAGUACCGCAAAAGGAAGAAAAAAGACGGACGCUUGAAAUCUCUGUCCAAGAAGGCUCUUGGAGACGACAACUUCUUCUCGGGACUUGCUGAGGAGCCGCAGAAAAACGACAAAGAAGAUGAAGACGUGCAGGAAGAGGAGGAUGACAGUGACAGCGAUAGCGGUUAAAAUACAAUGUUGGGUAUGCCUUUUAUUAAGAUUAUUGUUCAUAGAAUAAAAGAGUCAAUUGUUGAUUUUAUUUUUUUUAUUUUUUUUUUACCAAAUAUGCAACCUCAAUGAGCAUUAUGUUUAGAAUGGUGUCUAUACAGUAUAUUCACUACAAAUGUGUAAACAUUUCAAUGGAUGUGCAAAUUUAUGACAGAAAACAAUCUAAAAGACUUUUAUUUUCAUAGGACUCUGAUCCUGUGACGUGAGGAAAGAAAUAGGAGAUUAUUGAAAUGGCAAAAUUGUUAGAAAGCUGAAGUCUCCUGAUAAAGUGUAGAACAGAGAGAUUAUAUUUUGAACAAAUAUUAAGGGUGGAAAUGUCAUUGGCUGUUUGCCUUUCGACAUGGUUAACGGUCUCAAACGGUGUGGUACGCCAAAGAAUCACUUGAUUAAAGUACAGUGUUUUCUUUUCCUACA